UUGACCAAAGAAGCAUUACAGAAACCAUCAACAACUAUGGAAGACAAGAUCUGUGAUAGUGAUAAUGAGGUAAUUAGUCAUAAACAUCAUUCUGCACUUAGGAAUGGAUUGUCGACUUUCCUCUUAGAGGGCCAAUUCUGUGAUGUAACACUGGUCACCAAACAUCACCGAUUUCCAUGCCACAAAGUCAUUCUAAGUGCAUUUUCUUCAUUCUUUAAAUCAAUGUUCACAAUUGGAAUGAAAGAAACUGUGCAAGAUGACAUUAAUUUGGAAAUUUUUGAAGAUAACCUUAUCAAAAAAAUGCUUGAUUUUGUCUACAAUGGAAAAGUGAUGAGUGUGAGCGAUACAUUUGAUUUGUUGCCAUUGGCUGUGUACUUCCAAAUGGAAUCUUUACAAGAAAUUUGUGAACAAACUUUAAGCAAAGCAGUCAAUCUGGAUAAUGUGUGCAGUUUAUGGAAAACCACAGUGGAGGAUUUCCCUCAGCUUACAGAUUUACAAAGCACAUGCCACAACUAUAUACUACAAAACUUCUGUAAAUUUACAAAAACACACGACUUUCUUGAACUUAAAUGUCAAGACUUGAUAUUUCUUCUUUCUAACAAAAGGCUGCAAGCAACCACAGAAGAAUUUGUUUGUAUUGCUGUGACUAAUUGGUUUCAGCACAACAUAACAGAGAGAGAGGAACUUUUAUAUGAAGUUUUCUGUCAUGUUCAUUUUCCUUUGUUGAGAAUGCAGUUCAUUGAGGAAAGUUUUCCAUUCUUAAAGGAACCAGCAUUACAAAGUAUAUUGGAAGAAACUAGAUUGUUUGCAGAAAAUCUGGGCCUUCAAGCUGACUUUGAUUCCAAACGAUGCGAGUUCCGUCCAUGUUAUGACCGUGAGAAAGUACUAGUAGUGUUAGGUUAUUUUCAGAAUUAUUCUAACAGUAUGGAAUUUUGGUGCUAUCAUUAUGGUGACAAAACAUGGCAGUUACUGAUUCCACCUGGACAGCUGACAGUGGGCUAUCAGACUUGUACCUACACACAAACACGCCUACUCCUGACAGCGGGCAACGAUUUCCUACAGUUUGAUGGCACAAAGAAUGACUGGACUGCACUUCCUGAUAUGGACGAGGCAAGAAAACACCACAGUAUGGCUGUAGUAGGUCAGAGCGUGUAUGUCCUUGGGGGAUAUCGAGAGGCUGAUAUUUGGGGAGGUGGCAAUGUCACAUUGAAAUCUGUGAUCAGGUACUCUUUCUCCUGCAGUGAAAAUGAGACCUGGGUUGAGUGUGGUUCUCUGGGUCAGCCUGUUGCUAAGGCAGCUACUGCAAUCACUCACACAAAUAUCUACCUCUUUAGUGGUAUCUGCUGUGAAAACCCAGACAAUGUGUAUGAUAUUGUACAAUGUUUUGAUACAACUACAAAUGAAUGUACAGUGAUAGACUGUGUCCUGCCAAUAGGACAGAGCUUUAACUGGCUACAUGCUUAUGGCUCUGGAGAUAACAUAUAUCUCACAAAUGCAAGAAAAAUAUGGAGAUUUUUUGGGGAGAGUGGAGAAAAAAAUGGAGAGUAUCUUGAGGAAAUACACACUUUUGAAAGGGAGGGAACUCUAGCAGGUUUUGUGUCCAGAAGUAACUCGCUGUAUUUGUUAGGUAUGAUGGUUAGGGAUUCUGACUCCUUGGAAUCUGUUCUUACUAAAGGUAUAGCAGAGUUUGACUUAUCUACCAAGGAAGUAUCCACUUUAGUAGAUAAAGCCCUGUUCCUUCCACAUGCUUGUCGAUGUCACAAUCUCAUCAUCUCUAAAAACAUCAUGGACAACAACAGGCAGUCCAACUUCUUAUGGUGA